AUGAGUCAUGUGGCCCCAGCUAACUUUCAAGCUCUAGACCAGCGGGUAAGUUGAAGAUUUUAAAUCGGAAGAUAUGAAAUUGUGGUUUUUGAGACAAAGGCACAUGGAAAAUGCAAAAUGACGCCUUCCUUUCUCGAACAAUUUCUCCGUCAUUCGUCUAGAAAAUAAACAAUUUAUUUGCUAUUUCUUGUGUUAAGUACAGAUGAAGUUUUUAAAGUGAUUUUUGUGUUGUUGUUUCCUUGUAGUUCGCUGGUCUGGACUUGAAUCAGGGCGCCGUUAACCCUCACGGCGUCGAUCCUAAGUCUCAACAAGGUAACUUGAAAAAGUACGAUUUUAAUCCGUCGCCUAAGAUUGUGCAAAUUUCCAUUUCGGUAAAGUGGGAAAUGAAGAAAACGAAAGAAUGAAACGUGGUAAAUGCUUUUGGCCGUUCAAUACGGGUAAAUCGCCGGAUUGGUAUCAUAUAAUUCACAGGCUGAAGUAAAAAUCUCUUUGUCGCUCUGGUAGCCGGCUUGGAUUACAUCUAAUGAUGUUUUUUCCACAUCGCGUUCUUUAUAUUUUAAUGAAGAUUGUCUUUGAUUCUUCUUUGCUAUUUGUUAAAAUAGUUCAAUCUUUUGAAUAUGAAUUACUUCUGUGUCUUGAAAUAACGUACAUUUGCCUAAUAAAUUGAAAUGAGAGAUAUUUGCUCCCAUAGCGAAAAUCUAUUAUGCAAGUCUCUUUUUUUUGCGGGUUAAAAUCAGGCCUUGAAAAGGCUCAGGAAAACGUUUCAUUGAAAUUCACCAGUGCCAGAAGUAAACUUUCACCAUUAAAAGUCAUUGUUAGUUGGAAUGUGAGGGUUUUUGGCAAAAAAACUUUCUGGAUAUAAUAAUUAUACUUACGUUUUAUAAAAAUGAACCAUUAUUUCAGUAAUAACAGUAAUGGAGUCAUUUUCUGAAGCUUGGAGGGUCAUGUUGUCUAAACAUUAGUUGAUGAAGUUCUCGAAAUCCCUCUGAAACUCUGAAUAGUUUCCCAAAGUAUAUUCAGUUACCAAUGAAAUAGAGACAUUGGUGAGCGAAUUCUUAGGAUUUUUUGGAGAUAUUUAGAUAAGAUAUGUUAACCCACAGAGAAUAUCUCUCAGACAUGGCAGACUAGCAAUUAUGUGAUUAAUACUUUUGAUCAGAUUUGGAAACAAAGCAAAAUGUGGUAAAUUAAAUGUACCAUACCGAAGUUAAUUGAGUUGCCAUGCUUUAUUUUGACCAGCCCAAUGUAUGAUUAAUGUUUCAGAACGAUACGUGCCUCCUCACCUUCGCAGCAGACCAGGUCCUCCUCCUCCACAUGGCAGAGGGGGGUACCAUGAUCAUGGAUACAACCAGCAAAGGGACUUUCAACACAGGGAACCCUAUAGAGGUUUGUUUGGUCAUACAUCAUUUGAGACUAUAAGUUUUCGCACACAGCUGAGUGAUGGGAGUAAUUUGAACCAAACAAUUGCAUCUUGCAAAGGAAAUCAUUACAAAAUCUAAGUUGUGUAGUGAAGAGGAUAUGGACUUGUUAGCAGAGUAUUUCUGUGGCUCUUCAGAUGAUAACAAGGCUUGGCAAAAAGUUUGAUUCAUUAAUUUUCUUUGACUGGGAUUUAAUAUAUUGUAUCUUAUUAUCUGUCAGAUGGAUUUUACCAACAGCAGCCAAACUUUUAUGGUGGAUAUCCUCCACGAGGAGGUGGACGCCCAUACUAUGGGGGAGGUCAGUAUUAUGGUGGAGGCCGUGGAGGGGGAAACAGCUGGAGAGAUAGGGGUGACAACCGAGGACCUCCUCCCACAAGAGGAAGUGGCAAUGGUGAGCAAUUGUAAUAUACAAACAAACAUGUCAGCACUAGGUGAUUUUUCUGUUGUGUUCUUCCUUAGUUUCACGUUAAUUGGAAGUAUAUUUUUCUCAUCAGACUAUAACAGAGUCACUCAGCCACCACCAGAAGAUUGGUCUAAACUUUUGCCGAAGAAUGACCGCAUUGAAAGGUAAUCACUGUUGGAGAAGCUGAACAUUUUCUCUGUGAAUGCUCAAUAGUAAUCUGUCUUACUGUUGGUCAUACAUCUCUCAUAAUGUUAGUUUUCUUAGCAGGAUUUUUUCCUGUAGAUAAUCCAUUCUCCAAAUAGUAAGAGUCCUGGAUAAUUCAGGGAACAAUCAUUUCCAUUUUAGAAGGAUUCUACAACACUUUAAAAAAGUGUGAUAUUAGUAUGGGCUUAAUUGAUAAUGGCUGUUAAUAUAUUUUGUUUUUUAGGGAGCUUUUCAACAAGCACAACACUGGAAUAAAUUUUGACAAGUAUGAAGAUAUUCCUGUGGAAGCCACUGGACAGGAUGUCCCUAAAAACAUUGAGUCGGUAGGCUGUCAACUAAUUAAAAUCAAGAGUCUUGUUUUGAUAUUAGUUCAGUUUGGGACAUCUAGUUAAUAAAGACAAUUAAACUGGACUAAUCUCAACCAUUGUCUAUAGUAGACCAAAGUGACUAGAUUGUUCUCAUAAAUAGUGGUGAACAUGGUGAAGAUUGCUUUACACACAAGUAUUUGUUGAGAGUCUCACAUUGCUAAAGGACAAUAAAAUUUUUUUGUUGUAAUUGUGUGCAAAUGUAUCACAUGAUGGUAACAGAGUUCUGUUUUUUGUAGUUUUCUGACUGUGAACUAGGGGAAAUCUUGUGCAACAAUGUUGAGGUAUGAUGUACUUGUCUGUUAAUUUGUUUAUAUUUGUAUCUCUACUGUAGCAGCCUCUGUAGGUUUUGACUUAAGUCGUCUUUAGAUUAAAUACAUUUUAAGUCCACCAUCAAGUGAAACUCUACUAACGGAAGAUAUUUUAUUUUUUUUUAUUUACUCUUUAUUUGUAGCUGGCCAAUUACUCCAAGCCCACUCCAGUUCAAAAGUAUGCCAUACCUAUUGUGAAGAAGAAGAGGGACUUGAUGGCAUGUGCCCAGACUGGUAAGAUUGAUACAACUUGAAACAGCUACUAUGGCAAUACCGUGAAAAACUGUAAUUAGAUAGAUGGAACAGCCCUUUUGAUAGGAACUGUUCACCAUUAGUGGCAAAGGACAUACAUGUGAAUUUCAUGUAGUGCUAACAAAAAAAAAAUAGAUGACUUGAACUACUUCUAUUUCAGGUUCUGGGAAGACUGCUGCCUUCCUGAUUCCCAUUCUCAGCAGGAUUUUUGAGGAAGGUCCUCCUCCCCUACCUGAUGUAAGCAAGAGAUGUGGUUCUAUGUUCCUCCUUUUUUGUGGUUAUAUAUAUAUAUAUUUUUUUUUUUUUUUUUGGUCCAAUUUUUAUAUGGGAAGUUGUAUUACCUUUUAGUUACUUCUCCUUAAAUGAAAUAUGAAAUUAAAAUGAAAAUUUUUGUGGCAUUUCUCAGGCUCGGCAUCAGGGUCGCCGAAAGCAGUUCCCUCACUGCCUGGUUCUAGCACCAACCAGGGAAUUGGCCUGUCAAAUCUUUGAGGAAUCCAGGAAGGUAAUGAAAGUAACACCUUUUAACAUUGUAUUUUAUUUUGCAUUGCCAAGGCUGAUUAUGUUUUCCAAUAACCCAGUGGCCUCCUGAUGGGAGAAAACAGAGAGAAGCUGUUAGUCUCUAAUGACUUUACAAACAAUGCUUAUGUUAGGUGGUCCUUCCUAAGAACAUGUGUCUCUUGUCAGUUUUCUUACAGGUCAUAUGUGCGUCCCUGUGUGGUUUAUGGUGGAGCUGACAUUGGUGGCCAACUGAAGGAGCUGGAUCGCGGCUGCCAUCUUCUAGUGGCCACACCUGGUCGUCUUGUUGACAUGUUGGACAGGGGACGAGUGGGGCUGGACUCUUGCAAGUCAGUAAAGACAUCUCUUAUGUCUGUAGUUUUCUUUUCAUGCUCAAGAAUUACUCAGCAUUUCAAUAUCUGACCUUUUUGUGGUUUUUUUUGAAAGACUAACAUGACUUCUAGCCAAAUAAUAACACUAGCAUAAAGAAUGUGUAUUAUUUCAAAGAAUAACAAAAUUUCCAAAACAAAUUUGAAUCUAUUUGAAUUGAAAUCAGGAUAAAGAUUUGAUCAUUUUAUCUCAAGGCCAAGUGGAAAGGUUUUUGAUCUUUUUUUGAAAGCAUUUGGUUGCUUACCAGGUUCCUUGUUCUGGACGAGGCUGAUCGUAUGUUGGACAUGGGAUUUGAGCCUCAAAUCCGACGCAUUGUUGAUCAGGACACCAUGCCUAAAGCUGGUGAACGACAGACACUUAUGUUCAGUGCCACCUUCCCUAAGGAAAUCCAGGUAAGAACUUGCAAUUGUAACGUAACUACAGAGGAGUUCUUCUUUUAAUUCCAAAUAAGAUCUCUUCAUAUCUUUUUGUGGCUCAUGGUUUUCUUUAAAAUCAUCAUUUGUGUGUAGAUGCUGGCUAGAGAUUUCCUGGUGAAUUACAUCUUCUUGGCUGUGGGACGUGUGGGCUCCACAAGUGAGAACAUCACACAAAAAACAGUGUGGGUUGAUGAAUACGACAAGAGGUCAUUCUUAUUGGAUCUGCUGAAUGCUUCAGGUUUGUUGUGAUAUUGUUGUGUCAAUACCAAAAAAUAUUAAAGUAUCAAAUAUCAAGGAAAAGUCAGAGAAGUUGUUCUGAAAGUUUCCCUCUGUUUUUAAUCUCUUCCAGGUCCAAAGUCUCUGACAUUGGUAUUUGUGGAAACCAAAAAAGGAGCUGAUGCUUUGGAUGAUUUUCUGCACGGUGAAGGCUGGUAUGCAACCUCCAUUCAUGGUGAUCGCUCUCAGCGGGAGCGAGAGGCAGCUUUGGGGUCAUUUAAGUCUGGCCGCACACCAAUCUUGGUAGCUACAGCUGUAAGUACACUAACACUGUUUUCUGAUAAAUGAGACAGUUUUUAUUCCAAAAUAUCUGGAAGCUUGGGUGACUAAUUAUUUUGUGUUUUAGGUUGCUGCUCGUGGCUUGGAUAUUCCAAAUGUGCGCCAUGUGAUCAACUUUGACAUGCCAACUGAUAUAGAGGAGUAUGUCCAUCGCAUUGGACGCACAGGCCGUGUGGGACACACUGGUGAGGUUACUUAGAUUUUCUGGACAUAAUUCCACUUGUAAACAAAACAAAUUUCCUUUCCUUAGUUAUUGUUUUGGAAGUCAUCUUUUAUGGUUUUAAAGAAUUCUCUGGCUGUUACAGAGAAUUCUGGGUAAAUUUGAUUGCCUGAGGCUGGGAAAGGAAUUUUUCUCCCUGCUUGCAGUCGUAUAUGAUGCAGCAUGGUGAUCAGCAUCACAACAUGCACAAUUUAAUAGAUUCAUUUUAAUUGCAAGUGCUGAGAAACACUGACAACAAAUUAUUGAAAUUGAGGUUCAGUAGCUUAACAGCAAAACGUAAACAAAUCUCUUGUUCAGAGCUAAUUAUCCUUCAUGUGUGUUUGUAGGCUUAGCCACUUCAUUUUUCAAUGAGAAGAAUCGGAAUGUGGCCAAGGAUUUGGUUGAGCUGUUGAGUGAAAGCAGGCAAGAGGUGCCAAGCUGGCUGGAGUCUAUUGCCUUUGAGAGCCAUCAGAAUUCAGGCAGGAGCCGUGGAAGGAGGUAUAACAUACAUCUUAGUUUAUCCAUAUGAAUAUAACAGAAGUGUCUCAAAUUUUGAGCUGUUUUUUUUACCUUUAAUUUUCUUUGUGCCCAAAAUGUUGAUCUUCAGAUUGGCUUAUCUGGGUUUCAUUGUGAGCCAAUUUUGCCCCAAUGCUUUUUAGGCCAAUCAGUGAUGUGAAUAUGGUAGUGGUAUAGUAAUAUAUGGGGUUUACCUGCGCAAACUAUUUCCUUUAUGAAUUUCUAUACACCUAGUCACAUUUUUACAGAAGAAGAUGAGCUACAAUUACUUGGAGUAGCUGGCCUUGCCAUAUGUGUUAACAGAUCUCAAUAGCAUCUUCAAGUGUUCGGCCAAAUGUCCCAUAAGAGUGGUUUUUUUGUUGUGUGAAUGAUUUGAUUUAGUUUGAUCUGUUGGCCCUUUUUUUUUUUAAAUCUUUGGUGAUGUACCUGGAAUAAAGAAAAAUUCAUUUGUACUAAUCAAACUACUCUGUACACUAGGUUAAAAUCAUUUUGAUUUGAAAUUCAUUUGAAGCUAUAACAUGAAGAGUGAUGAAGCAAUCCAAACAUUUUGGGCAGUAAUAGCAAUUUACAUUCAAUUACCUCUUUCCUUUUUUUUUUGUUUUUUUUUCAACAGCAGGCACUCAGCUGGUGGCUUUGGGUCCCGUGACUACAGGCAGCAGCCACAUCACCGUGGAGGUGGGGGUGGUGGAGCCCACUAUGGUUAUGGGGGAGGAGCAGGGGGCUACUGGAAUCCAGGCCGUUAUUCUGGUGGCAAUGCUUCCCAGGAUUGGUGGAACUAGCUGGUGCAAGGUUCUCACUACAAGCUGUUGUUUUUUCUUUAUUUGUUGUUACAGGAAUUUACCGCAUUUGUUUUGCGUUCGAUGAAAUAAGUUAAAUUUGGGACUGUUGCAUUGGCAAUAUCUGGCAUCAAAUAAAGCAUCUUUGAGUGAUUGGUGGAAUGUUGUGGAGGAAGACUGGUGACGGUUUUCAGUCGCAGUGGCUUACUGUGUGGAUCAGCACUGUUACAGGUCAGGUAACUGAGGAAGGCCUCUGGCUGCGAGGUCAGAGCACAUGGAAAAAUGCAGUGUUAUUCGAUGUUGAACUCUCAACUGUUCAUGAUUUUUAAGAAACUCUUUAAGGAGCACCAUGGAGAAAGUCAGUUGGCUUGUUCAGUUUGUUCAAACUGCUGCUUACAAACAUGCCAUUUAUCUCCUGUUGUUGUGGUUGUUGUUUUCCAAGUAGGGUCAAAAAUUGCCUGUUCAAGUUGUUGAAAUGUCAACUUCAAGUGACGCAGAUAGAAGAGGCAAGUUAUGGAACACAACAAUCUGAGUAUUUAUAUAUCUUUGGCGACGUUAUGAAAGUUAUGUUUAAGGUCAUUGUACCAACAGUGACACGUAUAUGUGAUAGCCAUCUACUUGUAGUUUAUAUGAACCAAGAGAUCUUCUUGGGGCCACGUGUGAAGGCAAGUAAGAGCCUAAGUUUUGUGAGGGCCCCUAUUGAUAGUGUUAACUGGGCCUUUUGCAUAAAGGUCCACAUUUGGUCUUGGUUCCUUUCAGAAAUUGGGUUUUUUUUUUUCUAUUUUCCUGAUCAGUGAAAAAAAGAAAUUCUCUGCACCAUUUACAACAGAUUUCUUACAGUUACAGCCCUAGAAAACAAUUUUUAGAUGAUUAUCAGAAUUAGCUUAUGAAGUGUUUCCCAGUAAAAGUAAAUAUAGUUGAAUCAGUAGCCCAUGUGUAACAAUACCCUCCCCCUAAGGAGGAACAUUUCUCCUAGGGGGGGAGUGUAUGGCUACAUGUAGGCUAUUAAAUUAGUUGCAAUUACAAGAAACAAAGUGUACUCCAUAAUUUAAGAUACAUCCUAAUUAACAUAACAGGAAUAUUUUAAUAUGAGUACAUAUGUACCUACUUACAAUACAGUUUGGUUAAUUGUACAAAUCAGUUCUUUUUCCAGGGUUUCAAAUGCACUGAAAAAUGCUUCAUCAGAAAAUCUCUUGUAUUUAUAGGAGACCAUGGCCCUUGUCACAAAUUUCUGAAUUUAUACCAAAAGAGAUUGUAAUAUAACUUUUAGAAUUAGGUUGUUAGUAACUUGCCAAAAAAAACCGUAGCUAAUUUUAAAAAAAAAUUGGCAAGAACACUUUGUGAACAUCAAGAGAACUGUUUGCAAUGUAAUAAGUGUUAAGUAGGCACUAGUUUCUUUGGCUAAAGAAAGAAAUGGAUAGUUUUUAUUGUAAAUUUUGAGUUCCACAUUGUGUAUAAGGGCCAUAACCAAACACAUUUUAGUCAUACUGAGAUAUUUUGUAAUACUACAGUUGUCCACCGACAAAUUGUUUUGUAAUAUUGCAAUCUUGUGCUGAACUAGGAAAACUUAUGUCGCCAAAAUAUUUAAGAAUCUCAUAGUAAGUAUCAGGAGAGAAAUGUUCCCGUUUUGAAAAAAAAAAUCAGUAAUUCUUAAACAAAAGUAGUUGCAAAAGAUAUUUUAUUUACAAAAAUCUUACAUGGUGUUAACAGUACAGUGAUAAUUUAUAACGAUCUAAAUGCCUUAUCAUGCAAAGAAAAGUGAGCAAUUUUCUGUUAUUCAUGAAGUCCAAGUGAAAUAAGUGUUGUGUCGACAAGAGACAAUAAGCAUCAUGUAGUCCAGGAGUACAUGGAAUUGAACGAGUAAAUCACUAUAUAAGGAAUAAUCGCUUAAGUUGAAAAAUCAUCCUGCCUGAAACUUAGACUGUAUUGAUAUUUUAUGAAUAUCAUCUUGGAUUAGGAAUAUUGCUGCUUGUGAAAAUGUUGAUACAAAGGCUGAAAACAUGUAAUUAUUCUGAUGAUCUGAAUUUUUGUUGCAUUACAGUUACUAUAACAUGGGGAAAAUUUAUUUUCCUUGUCCUUUUGAAAUUUCGAAGUACACUUGUCAGCAGCUAAUAAACAACUUUGGGUUGGGGUAUGAUUGUAAAUGCAAUUAUGCUUUGACGUAACUCAAGAUUCUUAAACAUGUUACUGUUAAGAGUAUCUAUGG